CGUUAAUCAACAUGAACAUGCCAUACUCAGACAUUUCACGUCAUAACAGUGCGAAAUAUGAACGAUGUCAGAUUAUGGGAAUUUAACAUGAAAUUAUAUAUUCGAUAUCAUGAAGCCUUCAGAUCGUUGCAGGAACUAAUUUCGUUCAUGUAAACCUCUGACAGAUGAUAAACUGUUGGCUCUUCAAUAUCACUGUGAACAAAUAUACCUGGAACCGGCUGUUGCCAAAAUGAUCAAGACUAGAUUUACACUACAAAUUAUACAAUGUUUUACUACGUGAGAUACGUUUAUGCAACCGCGGCGUCUUUGAAGUGAAAUGACAUUUACAAACCGUGUCUGUACUGCCGAAACCCUCGAUACUUUAUUCUCAGCACGUCCUUAUGCCGGUCUCGUCAAUGAAUGUAUGUACACCCUGUGAUUUCUUUUUACCUUACCAGCUAGUUGAAACAGCUGGAUACUGCAUGCGCGGGUCAGAGGACGCCACCAUGGGCGUCUUUUGAUACUGGCUUCCUGUAGUUCUCCGUAGACGGCCCGACCCUCAGCCUCCACAUGCCUCCAUCUCCCCUUGACGACAGAAUUGUGGUGGCGCUGCCAAGGCCGAUCCGACCUCAGGAACUCCGACUGCGCCUGGACACCAGCUACCUGGACACCAGCUACCUGGACACUACUGUCACCAGCCCCGUCAGCAAGACGACCGUCAUCAGCACAACGGUGGUGAAGAUCCGGGCGACCAACCUCACUUAUAUGCCCUCAUCUAACGGCUCCACGCGCUCCCUGUCGUGUGGAUGCACCAGUGCCAGCUGCUGCUCGGUCACCACCUACGAGAAGGACAGCCAGCAUAACCAGCGCCAGCAGCAGAGCCACGUCAGCCAGGUGAGCGCCAGCAGCCCCAACCUCAGCUAUGCUGGACCCGCCUCCUCCAACCCCAUAGUCACGGGCAUGGGCAUGAUACACCAUGAGGCCUUCAGCGACCCUAGUCUCACCUCUGGCCCAACCAAGGCUCUAGGGUCCACUGUCCGGGUCAUCCACCCCAAUGAGCUGGCCAAGCGGAUGGCCAGGUGCCCCAUGGGCCACCCGGUCGGGCCGGUGCCGGUCAUCAUCGACUGCCGGCCCUUCAUGGACUACAACAAGAGCCACAUCCAAGGUGCGGUGCACAUCAACUGUUCGGACAAGAUCAGCCGGCGACGGCUGCAGCAGGGCAAGAUCACCGUGCUGGACCUGCUCUCGUGCCGUGAGUCCUCCGGCAAGGACUCCGUUAAGGGCAUCUUCUCCAAAGAGAUUGUGGUGUACGACGAGAGUACAAUGGAUCCCCAGAGGGUGACCUCCUCACAGCCCCUUCAUGUGGUCCUGGAUUCGCUGAAGAGGGAGGGAAAGGACCCCAUCGUUCUCAAAGGGGGCCUCAGCUGCUUCAGACAGAACCACCAGAACCUGUGUGACCACUCCCUCCACCUCCACGAGAGCCUGGACGCAGGCAUAGGCGUCAGCGGGGCCUCCGGCCACACGGGGGCACUACCUCACUCCAUGUCCCUGCCCUCCACGCCGGACAUCGAGGACGCCGAGCUGACGCCCAUCCUGCCCUUCCUGUACCUGGGCAACGAGCACGACGCGCAGGACGCCCACAGGCUACAGCGCUACAACAUCGGCUUUGUGCUCAACGUCACCACCCACCUGCCGCUCUACCACUACGACACAGGCCUGUUCAGCUACAAGCGGCUGCCAGCCACCGACAGCAACAAGCAGAACUUGAGGCAGUACUUUGAGGAGGCGUUUGAAUUCAUCGAGGAAGCACGGCAAGCGGACAUGGGCCUCUUGAUCCACUGCCAGGCAGGCGUGUCUCGCUCGGCCACCAUUGUCAUUGCCUACCUGAUGAAGCACACCUGGAUGACCAUGACGGACGCUUACAAGUUCGUCAAGACCCGGCGGCCCAUCAUCUCCCCCAACCUCAACUUCAUGGGCCAACUGCUGGAGUUCGAGGAGGACCUGAACAACGGCAUCACACCGCGCAUCCUCACGCCAAAGCUCAUCGGGGUGGAGACCAUGGUUUAGGAGGACACCUGCCAUUCCUGGUUUAGGAGGACAUCCCACUCACUCUACGGGCUACUCUUGACAGGCUGAUUCUGAGAGCGAAAUCACUUUAUUUCAGAAUCUCCUAGUCAUGCUCUUCUGGGACUGUCACAGGAGUGCCAAGGUUCUGGGUCAACGGCGAUGAGAAACACCCCAGAAUACCUGCUGUUCCGAAACUGGCUGGCUUCCUGGAGGAACAAGAGUGUUGGAGAGAGAAAACGGUCAGUGGGAAGCUGUCGUGCAUGACCAUGGAGGAGCAAAAACAUGUAAAGAAAGGAAAAUAGAUUAACUAUUUCUGAAGAAAAAAAAACAGCAUGUACUGUGCAGGUUAGCAGUGAGAGAAACUGACUCUUCAGACUCACACUGUGCUGUGGCUCACGGUUAUUGUUGCAGGCAGGCUGGGGCCGAGCUGGCCGAGGCGGUGCCUGUCAGAAAAGAUGAAGACUUGUUUGGUGUGUUAAUGUUCUUGUUCUAUUUUUAUACAGGGGUUUAUGGGGGUGACCAUGACAAGCCCAAAGUGGCUUACUGUGCAAUAAUUUCUGAGUGGAAUGCGGCUGGGAGCUUGAUCUUAUGUGUAUAUAUGGGUAUUCAAUGACGAUAAAACAUUUCCAGUUCGCCACUGAUUUGACAUGAAGUAACCUUUUUUUAAUUAAUUGUUGUUAUCGAUUCUGUAUUUUUUUUACGCAUACCAUUGAGCUGUUACACUAUAUAUAUAUAUAUAUAUAUAAAAAGUAUUUGGACACCCCUUCAAAUUACUGGAUUCGGCUAUUUCAGCCACACCCGUUGCUGACAGGUGUAUAAAAUUGAGCACACAAACAUGGAAUCUCCAUAGCCUGACAUUGGCAGUAGGAUUACCUUACUGAAGAGCUUAGUUGCGUUCAACGUGGCACCGUCAUAGGAUGGCAGCUUUCCAACAAGUCAGUUCUUCAAAUUUCUGCCCUGCUAGAGUUGCCCCGGUCAACUGUAAGUGGGCGGCAGGUAGCCUAGUGGUUAGAGUGUUGGGCCAGUAACCGUAAGGUUUCUAGAUUGAAUCCCCGAGCUGACAAGGUAAAAAUCUGUCGUUCUGCCCCUGAACAAGGCAGUUAACCCACUGUUCCUAGGCCAUCAUUAUAAAUAAGAAUUUGUUCUUAACUGACUUGCCAAGUUAAAUAAAGGGUAAAUAAAAAGUGCUGUUAUUUUUAAGUAGAAAUGUCUAGGAGCAACUACGGUGCAGCCGCGAAGUGUUAGGCCACACAAACUCACAGAACGGGGCCGCGUAGUGCGUAGAAAUAGACUGUCCUCGGAUGCAACACUUGAGUUCCAAAAUGCCACUGGAAGCAAUGUCCGCACAAUAACUGUUCAUCGGGAGCUUCAUGAAAUGAGUUUCCAUGGCUGAGAAGCUGCACGCAAGCCUAAGAUCACCAUGCGCAAUACCUGGCGCCUUUGGACUUUGGAUCAGUGGAAAUGCGUUCUCUGGUAUGAUGAAUCAAGCUUUACCACCUGGCAGUCCGACGGACUAAUCUGCAUUUGGUGGAUACCAGGAGAACGCUACAUGCCCCAAUGCAUAGUGCCAACUGUAAAGUUUGGUGGAGGAGGAAUAAUGGUCUGGGGUUGUUUUUCAUGGUUUAAGCUAGGCCCCUUAGUUCUAGUGAAUGGAAAUCUUAAGGCUGCAGCAUACAAUGACAUUGUAGACGAUUCUGUGCUUCCAACUU